UAUUUUGGUUUUUGUAGUGUGGUUAUCAUCAUUGGAAAUGAAAGCCUGCAGUGGUUGUUCAAUUUUCAAGACUGAAUAUAUCACAAUUUAAAAUGGAUAGGGAAGAUCACUUCUGCAAGUUUAUAUCCUAUAUAUAAUUCAUGAUAUUGGUUCUAAUUUGAGCAAUUCAGGAUAAACUGAUAUAUUAUAACAUCAUCCAUCAGUUAAGUUUGUUGAAGUUUAAUAUUUAACGUAUUGCUUCAGGUAUUUCUGCUAGGAAGACUGCAUCACCGAAAUCUUGUGAAUUUGGUUGGAUAUUGUGUAGAUAAAGGGCAACGCAUACUGGUUUAUCAGUAUAUGAGUAAUGGAAGUUUAGCAAAUCUUAUAUAUGUCUGCAAAUGUUUCUAGGUGAAGAAAAGGGAUUGAGUUGGGAUGAAAGGCUGCAAAUUGUUCUUGAUAUUUCACAUGGAAUAGAAUACCUUCAUGAAGGAGCAAUUCCACCUGUCAUACAUCGUGAUUUAAAGUCUGCCAACAUAUUGCUAGAUCACUCAAUGAGAGCUAAGGUUGCUGAUUUUGGACUCUCAAAAGAAGAGAUCUUUGAUGGCAGGAAUUCUGGUCUGAAAGGUACAUAUGGCUACAUGGAUCCUGCAUACAUUUCCACAAGCAAGUUAACAACUCAGAGUGACAUAUACAGUUUUGGUAUCAUAGUUUUUGAGCUCAUCACUGCCAUCCACCCUCAUCAAAAUUUGAUGGAGUAUGUCAACCUUGCUGCAAUGGAUCAUGAUGGUAUAGAUGAGAUACUUGACAAGAAACUAGUGGGAAAAUGCAAUCUUGAAGAAGUGAGGCAACUUGCUAAGAUUGGACACAAAUGCCUGCACAAAUCACCUAAGAAACGUCCCUCCAUAGGUGAGGUUUCUCAGUUCAUAUCAAGAAUAAAGCAACGGCGUCAGCGCCGUCUGACAGAAGAUAACUUGUCAUUUGCAAGCAACAACUUUUCUCGAGCUGUGAGUCGAUUAGAAGAUCGACAGGUUGAACUUAGCAGGAUGUCAACGAUUAGCCUAACAGAAACUCUAUGAACAUACUUGUAUAUUGGGUGACUUCAAAGAAUCACUUUGGUCCGUUGCUACCAUGGGACCGAGAAAAUUUUCAGCUAAUCUAAUGAAACAACUUCUACUACAAAAUGUUGAAAUCAAUGUUCCAGUGUUGUAAAUUUUCAAGAGUUAAAUAUAUUUUAAGUUUCUAUGAAU